AUGGUUCGCCGAUCUCGUCUCUCCGCAGCUAGCCUCGCGGCUUUGGUCUCAAGUUCUUCGGCUGGCAGCGUUGUGCCAAGAUCUGCCACUGUAUCGUUCCAGAAUGGCAUAUUAGCUGAGGCUGGCGGCAUGCACAACCUGAGCCUACACUAUGGUGCUUGCGAAGCAGCAAGGCCGGACGACUGCCACCACAGCCUAGGUAGCACCUUUGUUGGAUCUCAUCCACUUGGCAAGAGGCACGAAGCACAUCCCUCUCAGCGACCCACGAAGUUCGUAUGGCUUCCUCCGGCCGACAUUACAGAUGGCGGCUGUCUGCAAGUAUACUCCGGCAAUGUGCUUGUUGGCAGGUCGGAGCCGGUUACUGUUGGUGGUCGCAAGACUAAGAGAUGGCAAGCGGCGGCUGAGAUCAUGGAUGCCGAGGGACCGUGGUUCGAGGGCGUAGAAUAUCUCAAGGCCAAAAAGCCGGGUGAUGUCUUCGUGGCCGCGGCCAAGUCCAAGAAGAUUGGAAUCAUUGGUGGAGGUAUGAGUGGCUUAAUGACUGCACACUUACUUGACUCUGUUGGCUUCUAUGACUGGAAGAUUGUUGAAGCUUCAAGUCGUGUUGGUGGACGCGUUCACACUUCUUACCUCAAUGGGACCACGCCCGAUCAGUACCAAUACCAGGAAAUGGGCCCGAUGCGAUUCCCUGUGAGCAUCACUUACGAUGACCCAGCGGAGACGAUCCAGAUCAACGAUCAUCGCAUGGUCUUUCAGCUCGCGGAUGUGCUCAACAAGCAGAAUGGUAAUGCUUCGGAGUACAAGGUCAACUUCAUCAAAUGGAUCCAGUCCGCCGUCAACGACCCUUCUGCAUCUGCCACAUCCAAUGCUACUUACUCGAACGCAACCGCUGUAGCAGAAGCUGAGGCAGCCUACGAUAGGUGGGCCGAUAUGGACCGAGAUGCAAUUAGGGCAAUGGCUUUCAAUGUUUAUACAGCUCACAAAUGGGUCGUCGACAAUGGCUACUUCCAUUUUUCUGAAGCCGAAUAUCUAAAGUAUGCUAUGGGCCUCAGCAAUAAUCUUACGGAUGAGGUCGACAGCUCGCUUGACAACUCUCCUGUCUGGGAAUACGAUACUGGCUACUUCGCCGCGACCGAAUGGCGCACAAUUGACCAAGAGCUCUCCCGCCUGCCAGCAGCUUUCGGACCUCAAGUCUACAACCGCACCUACUUUCAAACAGCAGUAUCCGGCAUGAGUUGGGACGCCGAAACCGAGAAAGUCACGGUGCAAUAUCGCAACCACAGCAAAAUAGCCAUGGAGCCCGACACAAUGGAUUUCGAUUACGCUGUCGUGGCAGUACCCUUCAGCAAAGUCAGACUAUGGAGACUCCCAGAAUACACUAGCCUUCUAAGCCGCGCUAUCAGCCGCCUCAACUACGACCAGAGCUGCAAGAUUGCACUGCAUUACAAGACUCGCUUCUGGGAACAUCUUCCUGAGCCCAUCAUCGGUGGGUGUGGAUCCACGGAUAUUCCAAUGGUUGGCAGUAUCUGCUACCCAUCUUACCAGAUUAACUCGACCAGACCAGGCGUAAUUCUUGGUUCCUACAUCUCCACAAACGAUGCUCGCUCUGUCGGAUCCAUGACCGAGGAAGAUCAUGUCGCUCUCGUCCAGCGCGCUAUGGUUGAGAUUCAUGGCGAAGUCGCUGCUGAGCAGUGGACCGGCAACUAUGACCGCAAGUGCUGGGAAUUCGAUGAAUAUCAGGCUGGCGCAUGGGCUGAUCCGCUUGUCGGUCAGCAGGAAUUGUAUCUGCCGGCAUACUUCCAGACGGAGAAGCACACUGUGUUUGUCGGUGAGCAUACUAGCUAUACGCAUGCUUGGAUCUGGAGUGCAUUGGAAAGUGCAGUGAGAGGAACGACGCAGUUACUGCUGGAUAUGGGUCUGGUAGAUGAGGCGAAGGAGAUUACGGAGUUUUGGAUGGCGAGGUGGAUUGAGUUGUAG